AUUAUUGUGUAACCUGGUUGAGUUAGAAGUCGUAAGACAUCACCUGAUUAUCUACCAAGACAAAACCUAGAUCAAGCCAGGAAAAUGUCCACCUCGGAAGACUCUGAUCUCAGUGAAGAUGGCAUAGGAAUACAUAUGAAGAUCGAUCGCAACUCCAAUCCUGGAAAAGAAUUUAACGUCGUCACUCCAGCUGAGUUUGUCAGACGAUUUGGAGGGACAAGAGUGAUUGAAAAGGUUUUGAUAGCAAACAAUGGUAUUGCAGCAGURAAAUGUAUGCGUUCUAUUCGCCGUUGGGCUUAUGAAAUGAUUGGGGAUGAGAAAGCUAUAAAAUUUGUCACCAUGGUAACACCUGAGGACUUGAGGGCUAAUGCAGAGUUCAUAAAGAUGGCAGACCAUUAUGUCCCAGUACCAGGGGGUACAAAUAACCACAACUAUGCUAAUGUUGAGCUGAUUUUGGACAUAGCUAAGAGAUUACCAGUCCAGGCUGUGUGGGCUGGCUGGGGGCAUGCAUCGGAGAACCCAAAAUUACCAGAACUGCUUGCAAAAAAUGACAUUACUUUCAUAGGACCUCCAGAAUCUGCAAUGUGGGCUCUUGGAGACAAAAUAGCAUCAUCAAUAGUAGCUCAGACAGUGGGAAUACCAACUCUCCCAUGGAGUGGUAGUGGGAUUCAACUUCGAGACAGUGAUUUAGAGAAUGGAAUAGUAGUAACAGUACCCGAGCAUAUCUACAGGAAAGGUUGUGUGCAGGACAGCAAUGAGGGACUUAAGAGUGCAAGAACAAUUGGAUAUCCUGUUAUGAUCAAAGCAUCAGAAGGUGGAGGAGGAAAGGGCAUUCGUAAAGCCAGCAAUGACGAUGAGUUUACUAAUUUCUUUCGACAGGUUCAAAUAGAAGUUCCAAGCUCACCCAUUUUUGUAAUGAAAGUUGCUGAAAAUGCAAGGCAUUUGGAAGUACAACUUCUUGCAGAUGAAUACGGCAAUGCAGUAUCUCUCUUUGGAAGAGACUGUUCAGUUCAAAGGAGACAUCAAAAAAUCAUUGAAGAGGCCCCUGCUACUGUAUCUAAAAGUGAUACCUUCAGGAGAAUGGAAGAAGAUGCUGUCAAAAUAGCCAAGAUGGUGGGUUAUGUCAGUGCUGGUACUGUUGAGUAUUUAUAUAAUGCUGAUGAGGACACCUAUUACUUCUUGGAGCUCAACCCAAGACUGCAG